UGCUUAAAGUUAUUUUUUAGUAGAUGUUCAAGUUUCGGUGCACUCAGUUCGUUUAGAGUUAUACAUAUAAUUUAUUAAAUUUAGUUUGGAAAAAUAAUAAUAAGCGAAAUGAAAUUAUUGCUCAUUUUGUUAGGCGCCUUAUUGGCUGUUCUCACAAUUAAGCGCACGUCGGCUGUUCAAGGCAGCAAUCAUUUAAUUUGUUACUAUGAUGGUAGCUCAUAUACCAGAGAAGGUUUGGCUAAGCUAACCUUAAACGAUUUAGAACCAGCGUUGCAAUUUUGUACUCAUCUUGUUUAUGGUCACGCUGCUAUUAAUCCGUCUAGUAAUAAAUUGGUUAGCAAUAAUGAGAAACUGGAUUUGGAUGUCGGCACCGGUUUAUAUCGCACCAUAACUGGUAUGAAAAAGAAAUACCCACAUCUCAAGGUCUUAUUAAGCGUCGGCGGCGAUAAAGAUGAAGUCGAUGCCGACAACAACAAAUAUUUGACUCUACUAGAGUCAAGCAAUGCUCGUAUACCGUUUAUUAAUAGCGCUCAUUCUAUGGUCAAGACGUACGGAUUUGAUGGCUUGGAAUUAGGUUGGCAAUUCCCAAAAAAUAAACCGAAAAAAGUUCACGGUUCAAUUGGUAAAUUAUGGAAAGGUUUUAAAAAAAUCUUUACCGGCGAUUUUAUAGUCGAUGAAAAAGCUGAAGAACAUAAAGAAGAAUUCACGGCUUUGGUGCGUGAAUUGAAGAAUGCUUUACGCCCAGAUGGUUACGUAUUGGGUUUAGCGGUAUUACCGAAUGUUAAUUCGUCACUUUUCUAUGAUGUGCCUGCUAUUGUUAAUAACUUAGAUUAUGUUAAUCUUAUGGCUUACGAUUUCCAAACACCGCAACGCAAUCCUGAAGUAGCCGAUUUUCCAGCUCCUAUUUACGAACUAAAUGAACGUAAUCCUGAAUCUAAUGUCAACUACCAAGUACAAUACUGGUUGCAAAAUCACUGUCCCGCCUCAAAGAUAAAUGUCGGUAUUGCUAGCUACGGCCGUGCUUGGAAAAUGACUACAGAUUCCGGUCUUACUGGUCUGCCACCCGUAGCCGAUGCUGAUGGGCCUGCCGCUGGUGGCUUACAAACACAAACCGACGGCCUAUUGAGUUGGCCCGAAGUUUGCGCUAAACUACCUAAUCCAGCCAAUCAACAUUUAAAAGGCGCUGAUUCUCCUUUACGCAAGGUGGGCGACCCCACUAAACGUUUCGGUAACUAUGCUUAUCGUUCAACCGAUGAUAAAGGUGAAAAUGGCAUUUGGGUUGGUUACGAAGAUCCCGAUACAGCUGCCAAUAAAGCUGCUUAUGUCAAGACUAAAGGUUUAGGUGGGGUUGCUUUAGUCGAUUUAUCAUUCGAUGAUUUUCGCGGUGCAUGUACAGGAGAUAAAUAUCCUAUUCUCCGUGCUAUUAAAUUCAAAUUUCAAUAAACAUUAGAAUUUCAUUAAAUUUUUAUAUAAUUCAUUGCUAAAGUCUACCAUAUGUAAAUUCUGAGAAAUAAAUCGGAGAAUUUUGUUAAUUAUU